CUUGGGACUACUAUCGACUGUAAUUUUCAGUAGACCAGCUAGCGGUCCUUCUCUAGCUCCACCCUCCAAAACGUCUGGAUGGCUCCCUCUUCCCUCUGACUCCCUCUCCUGUUGGACGUCACGUCUCUAGUGGUGCAGGGGCCCAGUGAUUCAAGAUGUCUUUCAGCACAGUAGCUGUGCUCCUCACAAUAUUAUUUCUGAAUAAUGGUGUGUCAGAUGCACAAACUGAUGGCAUUACCAUUCCGGAGCCCUACGACACCCUCUUUGACACUGCAGUGGAAGCCUACUACAAAGGGGACUGGAUGACUGUCAUCCUGAACAUGGAGCGAGCUCUGAAGAAUAAGGAGUUGAUCCGGAAAAUCAAGGCUCAAUGCAGGCUUGCAUGCGCCAACCAGACAGCCUUUGGGCAACAUAUUCCAGGUGUAGGGCUUGCCAUACCUGGCACUGGGGCCGUUGAAGAUCUUGGCUUUUUUCAGUCAAUAUUAAGACGGGCCGACUGCACAACUUCUUGCGAGAGUGCAAAGUUGGGACCAUACACACUUCAUAAAGUUAGCGCUGAAGUUGAUCUCGAGUUUAAGAAGAGGACCCCAUACAAUUACCUACAAGUCGCUUAUUUCAAGAUCAAAAAGCUUGACAGGGCUGUGUCAGCAGCCCACACCUUCUUUCUGGCCAACCCUGACCAUAUGGAGAUGAAGCAGAACCUGGAUUACUACAAGCUGAUGGCGGGAGUUCAGGACAGUGACUUCAAAGAUCUGGAGGCCAAACCACACAUGGCUGCCUUCCUGGAUGGAAAGAGGUUGUACAGUGCAGAUCACUUUGGGAGAGCUGUUCCAUUCUUUGAAAAAGCGGUGGAGGAGUUUUUCCCAGCCUAUGAGGAGUGCCGUGCCCUCUGUGAGGGGUCGUAUGACUAUGAUGGCUACAACUACAUGGAGUACAAAUCAGACCUUUUCCAAUCGAUGACAGAUCACUUCAUGCAAGUUCUGAACUGCAAGCAGAACUGUGUACUGGAGAUGGCGACCAUUGCUGGGAAAGACAAGCCGUUUGAGGACUUUUUGCCAUCACUCUUAAAUUACCUUCAGUUUUCCUACUUCAACAGUGAUAACUACGCGAAGGCUGCUGAGUGUGCUAAAACCUUCCUUCUAUUUCAUCCUGAGGAUGAGGUUAUGAAGCAGAACUUGGCAUAUUAUAAUGUGAUUGUUGGGGAGGAAAAAGCAGUCCUCAUAACUGAAAUAGAGGUGAUCAAACAGUAUUACAAGAAGUCUUUGUUGGAAAAGACUCUCCUGUACUUCGGCUAUGAAAUAUUUGGAGUGACCUUUGUGGAUCCAGAUCCCUGGACACCAGCUGAUGUCAUGCCACUGAAGUUGAGAGAGAAGCAGAAGACUGACCGUGAGACAGCUGCUCGCAUCACAGAGGAGAUUGGCAACCUUAUGAAAGAGAUUGAGACACUUGUAGAAGAGAAGAACAAGGACUCGUCAGACCUUGCCACGAUUGUGUCAGAGGCUCCCCAAGCAGACAGCCGCCCGCCGGCACUCCCUGCCGCUGCAGUGCUUUUCGACAACAUCAAGGUGACCAUGACGUCAAAGAUGCUGAACGGCACAGAGAGAGUGCUGCUGGAUGGUGUCACCACGGAAGAUGAGUGCCGCGAGCUGCACCGCCUCUCCAACGCUGCGGCAAAGACUGGGGACGGCUACCGGGGUAAACCCUCACCACACUCCCCUAGCGAGAUGUUCCAAGGAGUCACAGUGCUCAAGGCUCUCAAGCUUGGCCAGGAGGGCUUGGUUCCCUUGAAGAGUGCUCGUCUCUUCUUUGACCUCAGCGAAAAAGUGCGUAAGGUCUUGGAGUCUUCCUUCCACUUGACAACUCCUCUGUACUUUUCCUACUCCCACCUGGUGUGCCGUUCUGCCAUCGAGGAGAAACAGGAGGACCGCGAGGACCUGAGCCACCCAGUGCACGCAGACAACUGCCUUCUGGUCUCAGAGUUGAAUGAGUGCUUCAAAGAGCCUCCAGCCUACACACACAGAGACUUCAGUGCUAUCCUCUAUCUGAAUGAGGACUUUGAGGGAGGUGAUUUUAUCUUCACGGAGCUGGAUGGGAAAACCGUCACUGCCACUGUGAGACCUACGUGUGGUCGUGUUGUGGGCUUCGGUGCUGGAAAGGAGAAUCCACAUGGGGUCAAAGCUGUCACCAAAGGCCAGAGAUGUGCAAUUGCACUAUGGUUCACUCUUGACCCUCGCCAUGCAGAAAAGGAACGGAUACAAGCACAGGAGCUUCUGACCAUGUUCUCCUCUCCUGUGGAUGCUGAGUUCCAGAGCACAGCUGGAGACAGCGGCACAGAUACGCAAGCACCGGUGGAUGACUCUGGAGCUGUAGCACAGCCGGAGGGCUCAGAGAUGGCCCAAGCACCGGUGGAUGACUCCAGACCUGUAGCACAGCCUGAGGGAUCAGAGAUGGUCCAAGCACCGAAGGAGGAGGUGCAAACCACUGCACAGGUGGUGCAGCAGGCUGAGAAACAGACAGACACACCAGACACUUCUGUUCAAAAUGAUGUUGUACCUGAGGUGAAAAGCGCAAGUGACACAGCAAAAGACAACACAGCGUCCAAAACAGAUGAAAAACCCAAACCAGAGAAAUCUGUGAAAGCGAAGCAAGCAGUGAAAACAAAACCCAAACAGGCAGACAAAACAAAACCUAAGCAGACGGACAAAUCAAAGUCUAAACAGGCAGAGAAAACAAAACCCAAACAGGCAGAGAAAACAAAGUCCAAACAGGCAGAGAAAACAAAACCCAAACAGGCAGAGAAAACAAAACCUAAGCAGACGGACAAAUCAAAGCCCAAACAGGCAGUCAAAAAAGAGAGCACAUCCACAAAGAAGGCAGUGAAAAAAGCACCUGAUUCCAAGGAAGCCCAGGUGAAGACCACUGAUUUUGAAGCACAUAAGAUAGAGUUGUGAUUUUCUUCUUUUUUUUUCACCCUGGUUGUAAUUUUUUCUAUUUUGUUUAUUUCAUAUAUGUAAAUGUGAUUGGUGCAGGCUAUUUGGUCAAUGUUUUCUUAAAUGUCUGGAGAUUUUAAAGAUGCAAUAAGGAAGCAUCCACCACUGGAGAAAAGUUUGCAGCACUGAGCAAAAAUGGUCCCCUAAAUGUGUACUGCAUCAUGAAAUAUGUGUCAGAACUGAACCUGAAUAUUUGUUUGCCUUAAUUUAUAUGGCAAAAAGUAUUAUGGUCCAAGUUCUACAUAUCACUGUGAAAGGUCUUUUCAACAUGGGGUAGGGUGAGCGGUGUAAUCAGUCCACAUUAUUACGAUACGAAUAACCAUUUUCUUAGAAUAUAGGCCUUUGUCUGUCCACACAAUGUCCUAAAGGUGUAGUGCUUUUUGGAUAGUUUUGCCUCAGGAAAAAAUGCCCCCAAGAAUUGAGCUGUACAGAGAAUCCUAUGUGCCUUGUGUAGAUGUAUGUGACCUACCAGAUGUUGCGACCUCUAUUUGUACAAAAAUAAAUGAUUUUUAAUGAAGCUCA